UGCUCCAGGCCUUGUGCUGCUGACAUUGGGCAUCUAACCCUGUGACUCUAACGUGCAGAGGCUUAUCCUGUUAUCAGGACAGCAGCUGGACAACCUUGGUGUCAUUAAAGUGACUGUGCAAAGUCUGUUUGGAUAAACCCAGAGGGUUGUUUGCUAGACAAACAGCAUAUGAUGAGAGUCCACCAACCCCCCAUAGCUCUGUUCACUGGCCAACUCCUGAAAAAAAGAAGGGAUUAUUAAAUCUCUACCAGGCGGUUUCUUUUUCAUUUGUAUUUGGAAGAGUCCCCCAAUUUCAGAGGAGGCUUUUUUGUCCAAUUAUGAAACUUUCCACGGUGCUAGUUCUCUGCUGUGUUUUUUUCACUAGCAGAGCCAGCCCUGUCCCAACUGAGGAUGCAGACUGUGAUGACCCUGAAGUCUUUGAAGCUGUGGAAAUAGCACUGAGAGAAUAUAAUGGAGAGAAAAAAGAUGGCAACCAGUUUGCUCUGUACAUGGUGAUGGAAGCAAAGAAAACAGCGGGCCCUGGAAAACAGUUCUUUGUGAAGUAUCAAAUACGAGAGAGCUCUUGUGCUGUUGGAGGAGAUAAACUCUGGCAAGAUUGUGAUUACAGAGCAUCUGCAGAAGCGGAAUCUGGCGAAUGUACAGCUCAAGUUUACGUUGACAAGACCGAGAAUAUAAGUAAUGUUACACAAGAAUGCAAAAUAAUCUCAGAAGGAAAAGUGACUCUCUCUCGAGCUGAGUGUCUUGGAUGCUAUCAUCCCAUACCGGGAGACAGCCUGCAACUGUUACCCAUCGUGAGAUAUGCGAUUCGGAUCUUUAACAAUAAGAGUGACCAUUCUUCCCUUUAUGAAGUUGGUGAAAUAAUAAAAGCCACCCGGCAGGUGGUGGCUGGACUGAAUUAUGCAUUUCAGUAUGAAAUCAAGGAGACUAAUUGCUCCAAGGAUUAUUUUCCAGAGUUAAGACCUGAGUGCAAACCCAUUCCUGGAGGUCAUAGGGGUCGCUGUGAAGCCAAGGCCUAUGUGGAUCUUAGUAACACAAUUGCAGAUGUUGCACAGAAAUGCCAGUUUAUAGUUGAUGAAACUGUACCUCCUCGCAUUACCGUUUGUCGUGGCUGUCCAAAACCCAUCCCAGCUGACAGUGUAGAAUUGGAGGAACCGCUGAGUGCUUCCGUGGAGAAGUAUAAUGAAGAGAGCAAUGAUGACUUCUAUUAUAAAGCUGAAGAAAUAUCAUCUGCCACAGUGCAGGUGGUUGCUGGAAAAAAUUAUAAUAUAACAUUUAAAAUGAGGAAGACAAACUGCUCGAAAACAGAUGUCAAGGAACAGAGUGAAUAUUGUGAAGCUACAGCAGAUGGUGACGUUUUGGUAUGCAGAGCACAAGUUUAUGUGGUGCCCUGGACAAAGGAAGUAAGGCCUACAGUUAACUGCGUCAAAGAAAAUGGCAUGGUUGACUUGUUCAGAAGGCCUCCAGGCUUUACUCCUUUCCGAUCCCUAGCUGUGGAAGCAAUUGCUCAAAAUGCACCCCACAAAGAAACUGAAGAAGGACCUAAAGACGGACAAGCUCCUGGAAAAGGGCCAGGAAAAGAGAGCAGGUGUGACCCAGCAUAUGAACAGGGGGACGGACAUGAUACUCAGUGUGAGCCAGGUCACAGGCAUGGACAUGGACAUACGCACAGACAUGACACUGUGUGUGGUCAAGAACACGAACAAAGACGUGGACAAGGACAUGAGGGUGAACAAGGGCGUGGCCAUGGUCAUGGUCAUGGUCAUGGCCAUGAUCGGAGGUGUAGACCAAAACAUGAACAUGGGGAUAAACCUGGACACGGGCACGGAAAACAUAAAGAUAAGCAAAAAAAGAUAAAGAAUAAACAUUCAAAAGAUGAGUCUUCUGAAGAAUUCCAUGAUGAGGUCACUGACCAAAAGGAAACGCACCUAGCAGAGGGUACACAAUUUCAUAAGCCUGAUCAGGUAGAGCUAGAUGUGCUACCUACUGCUCAGCAGCCCACAACAGAUCUAACAGAUGAUUUUACUGGUAUCUCUGAU